AUGCCGCCCAACUCUCCAACGCACACAAGUGAGCAGUCGCAAUGUUGGAUCACUGAAAUCAAUAUCUCUCAUGUGAAAGCGGACCCUGAGUGCAAGUUCAGCGGACAGAUAUUUGUGGACGAGGAUGUUGUGUGCAGCCUGCCCUGGAUCGAGAGCACUGUCCCGCUCAAGUGGUCAGGCUUACUGCCUUGGAAUGCCCCUCUUUCAUCGGAGAUCACCCUCCGUGUGUGUAGAAGUGUCAAGGACAAGUCCCGACAUUACUACUUUCCGCCGUUCAGCAUUCCCGAAGUGGACGAAACUGGCGAACUAACACUAGCACUGUCCGAGGCUCGCUGGUCGGCUACAAUCAAGUUUCUGACUUUAAAAGCGGCGGAACACUUGUUUCCCAGUACACUCGAAAAACUCAAUCUCCUCGAGGACGAACGCGAAGCACCGAACCCGGAAGCGGCAGAGAAGGGGUUGUUCAAGCACGUCUUGCAAUUCACAAGAUUUGCGACCGAGGUACUUCCCGAAAAGACCAUAAAGAUAUCAUUAGUAAUUGUCAUGAACACCUGGGAGCUCUUGGAUCAACAAGCGCAGCUCGACGAGGGAAUGAAAAGCAUUCUACAGAACUUGAUCUGCAUUCGGGAUGUUAACGAUAUGACGCAUCGGGUUUCCAGCUCAGCGUUGGCGUCUGCCAUAGGGAGUUCGGAAGAGCCGAUCAGGUGUAUUCUUGGGCUACUGGAGCAGAUAUCGAUAUACAUGCAUAACCAGCUCUCCACGAACAACUUGGUGUACAUCCCUACCGAUAAAGAAGAGCAUGGCGAUACUGAUGACAUCGACGAAGAUUUGGCUCGGCUCAAGGACCUAGCGGUAUCGUUUCGUGACUCGUGGAUGCCCAUGGGGGCGUUACAGGAUACAAACAAUCCGGUGUACAACGAUCAGCCCGACAUAACGAACCAAGACACAUACGCAGAAGCCACCAUACCAGACCGGCCCGAUAGUUUUGGCAUGCUAAAUCACGGUGCUUCAUCGGCAAUAGACCCACACGAAAUUCUCGAUCUUCUAAGGCCCGCUGAGCCUAGUGGCUACGAUCCAGAUCAAGCAUGUCUCGACAGCACACGCGAAGCGAUUCUUGCCACCCUCAUCAAAUGGACACAAACUCGUCAUACGUCGGAAAGCCUCAUGUGGAUCUCCGGACAAGUCGGUAUGGGUAAAACAGCUAUCGCGACAUCGCUCUGCCAGCGCCUGCAUAAUGCCCGAGCUCUGGCCGCUAGCUUCUUUUUCCAGCCUAACGAUCCCGAGUCGAGCAGUCCGCUCCGGCUGUUCAACAACCUUAUCCGUGCCAUUGCUAUCCAAUGCCCGCCAUACGCCCAGGAGGUAGCAAAGGCGAUCCGUAUGGACCGUGGGCUGUGUACUUCUCAUGUAGGCACAAGAUACGAGUAUUUGAUUAAGAGACCACUCCAAAAACUUAGAUCCCUGUUGUUCCCUGCAACACUGUCCGUGGUGAUCGAUGGUCUCAGCAAAUCCGGCGAAUAUGAUACUCGCAAAAGGACCCUGCAUAUGCUGUACGAGAUGUCUCGUCUUGUCCCGUGGCUGAAGAUCGUCAUCGCAGCCCGCCCAACUCUAGACAUCCAGGCAUUUUUCGAAAACUACUGUCCCAACCAACCGAUCAUCCAUGUUCAGGACUACGAUGCUGCGUCCGACAUCCGCGCAUACAUCAUCGACAAGCUGGGCUUGACCGCUCGUCAAGAUUGCUGGCCGCAGGAUAGCAUGGACAAACUGGGCAGCAUGGCCCAGGGCGUAUUUCUAUGGGCGGCACUAGCUGUCAGAUAUAUCAAGAGCUCAAUGUUCCCUUCGCUGCCGCGUUUACACAGGAUACUAAAUAAUCAAAAGUUGCCGGUCACGGACCGCUUUGACGCGGUAUACACCAAAGCACUCGAAACGGCGAUGGGAGGCGACGAUGACGUCAAGGAGGCCUUUAGGCAAUGCACCGGCGCCAUUCUCGCCACUUCAGAGCGCGAGCCACUCGCGUUGCCAGACUUGCAAUAUCUCAUACUUGUUGCGGGACGAAUAGAUCCACUUACACUGGAGCGAGUCGCAAAAAGCCUUGCAACCCUACUUCUAGUUACAGACGGACAGCGCAGCCGAUUCCAUCACCCAUCAUUCAAGGACUUCAUAACCACCCCCUCCCGCUCCGGUCAGUUUUAUGUUCAGCCCGACCGAUACGAAACCGAGCCAGCGGUGUGCUGUCUGCAGGCCAUGCACCGGGAUCUUCAAUUCAACAUCUGCAAGCUCGAAACCUCGCACCUGCUCAACAGCCAAGUACCCGACCUACACAAUUGA